AGAAAUGGGAGUAAACAGAGGAGCUCUGAAGUUAUUUUCCCUCUUCCGUUCAGUCUGUGAGGAGGAUGGAGCUGGAAAUCUAAAUAGGGCAACUGGAGCCUGCAAAUUUCCAGCCAAGCUCCAAGCCUGACUUUCUUUACUCGCCUCACCCCUUCAUAAAACCCCCCGAUCUCUCUCCAGAACGUGCAGAUUCCUCGACCCUCUGACCAUGAACCUCUGGGCUGUGCUUUGCUUGACUCUGCUCGUGGUAGAGCUCCAAAAUGGUGCAUGCCAGCAGGUCAAGCGAAGAAAAGACAUCGGAGAGAACCGCAUCCGGCCAGGUGGGAAACGGGUAAAGGUGUGGCCUACGCUGAAAGACGGACGAGGCAGAAGCCAUUCACUCCUGACGCAGGUGUUGGAUAAAGGCCGCUUCCUCCGCCUGGGCCAGAGCACCAUUUUGACUCCUGGGAAAAACAUGGAGCUGCGCUGCAAAGGCAGCAAAAUCGGAUGGUCUUACCCGACUUACCUGGAUACUUUCAAUAACUCACGCCUCAGCAUCAAGCAAAGCGACAAGUACAGUCAGCUGAUCCUGACGUCGCCCUCUGCUGCCGACACGGGGGCUUACAGCUGCUGGGUGAUAGUAUGUGAUGGCACAGAGUGUGAGAAGGACCACGAUCGCGCCUACGUCUCAUACAUCUAUUUCAAAGACAAAGACAACCUCUUCGUUCCAUCCACCAUGCACUUUGAGAUUGUGUAUCUACGCCCAGACCAGCCUGCCGUGGUUCCCUGCCGUGUGACCGAGCCACAGGCCAAGACAUCCCUGCACAGAGAGGUCCCCCCGGUGGAAAUCACAGCAAAUAUGACCCAGAUGGCAUAUGAUCCCACCAAGGGCUUCAUCCUGCAAAACCCGAGGCCAGAGCACCAGGGAGUCUUCUACUGCAAGGCUGAGACCAUGGACACCCCUCAGAUCUCCACAAAGUACCAGCUGCUUUAUGUGGAGGUUCCCAGUGGGCCACCGUUUGUGAGCCUUGAAGCCUCUCCAGACUCUGUGAGAGGAGGCGACAAUGUCAAUGUAACCUGCACAGUGCUGGGAGAGCCAGAUGUGGACGUGAGCUUCACUUGGACUUAUCCUGGUCAGGGCUCCCGACCCGUUCACAUCCAGACUUCCUGGAGGCUGGUUAACAGAGGUAUGGGCUACACCACACGCGUCACCCAGAGCAUCCUGACGGUAGAGGACAUGGAAACCAUCGACUUUGGAGAAUACAUGUGUAAAGCCAAGAGCCAGCAUGGCGAGACAAUCGUGGGGACCACCAUCUCCAAAUAGCCCUAAACAACCUGACCUGCUGGCUCCAUCUGAUAUUCAAGAGUUUUUGACACAUUGGUGUGUCUUUUUUUUAAAUCUAUGAAAUACAUGAAAUCAGCAUGUAUAUAAAUAAAAAUACAUUUUUGCCAAGUUGAAAAGUUCAUGUCAUUAAAAGCAAGCUAUGGACGACAGUCAUUCACAUACAUCUAUUAAAACAUAUAUUUAGAGGUUUCAUUUUGCAGCACAACAGGGAGUCUAAGCAUGCAAACACCUGAAGUCCAAAGAACAGUAAAGAGCCAAUCAGCACACUCCAAACUACUCAAGAUCUCAGGAACAUCAGAUAAAAGAAAAGUUGUUUCAUAACGUGCAUCAUGUGAUCCCAGAAGUCACCAAAACUGGAAAACACAAUUUUCUUAACUGUAGAAUAACAUAAAUGAAGGUAAUAGCACAAGCUCUGGGGGGAGGAGUCCUAAUCAUUUGGGGCUGUCAUGACGACACCACAUGGCUGCUGUCACUUCUGGCAGAGAGCUGUGUUGGACACCAAAUCAAACAUCCCUGACUAAUCAGAGUUGGGCUUCAUUUAAACAGAGUAAUGAAGCUGUAAGAAAAAACAGAAAGGAGAGUGGCAGGAGUCAGAGUCCCGCUCUGUCUGAAGAGGAGCUGUGUGCCAGGCGGGCGUCUUAAUGUGCUCCGUAUGUGGAAUGUGAUCUGAGGCCUGCAGCUUAUUUUGAUCCAGUGCAACACUUGCUGAUAUUUCCACUUUGCUGAAAAGUUACUGGUGGUUAGGAUUUUGAAAUAUACUUUGGAUUAGGAUUAUGAAUGAAUGCUUGUGGUUUAUAAAAGCAUUAACAGGUUGGACCCAGUAUAUACACUGUAUAGCAUUUCAGUCAACUAGAGUGAGGGAAAUUUGGCAUUUAAACUUCAAUAUCUCCUUAGAAAAGCUCACGAGUAGAGCUUCAUCAUAAAAUGUGGGUACCACUUUUACCAGUUUUGACUGACAAUCCAUUUCACAGCUUCAGUUUAAUACAAGACUUUAUUAAUAGAUUAUUUCAAACAGGAUCAGCACAUCUAUUAUAUAAAUUCAAAACAAAAAUACUCAGACAUUUCCAAGAUACAGUCUCUGACACAGAUGAGCAAAGCUGCUUCUGGUCAGCUCUUUGCACAGACGCUGACUUUAAAGCUGUGUUAGGAGGCUUCGGUACGGGCUACACAUGCAAAGAGACUUGGACUGGUCCCUCGGUCAAAUAAACAUUGAAACAAAACCGUACAAGGCCACAAAUGAUCCAGAACCCAACUAUUACCAAAAAAAAAAAAAAGCCUUAAAAAAUAACAUAACCAAGGAAAUUCUGAACAUACUUAUUAGUUUUAUAGAAAGAAAAUACUAAUUUAAAAAAGAAAAAAAAGAAAAAAAAAAAUCGGCAUAAGAAGUUUAAUGUUUUUUUUCCUCAUUUUCCU